AUGGCCAGCCGCAUGAAGCAGCUUGGCUAUACCAACAUCAGGGUGCUUGAAAGGACGGACAGGGUCGGCGGCAAGUCUUUGACCCUGUAUCGGAACUACACUGGCGAGUGCAUACAGCAAAAGGAUCACAUGGGGAAGGUUGACACCAGCUCAUGUGUCGCUCACGAGAUGGGCACCUGCUUCUUGCACAACGGAUACCACACCAUUCGUGACCUGGUGGAUGAGUACAACCUGAGCUGGGUGGUUGCACCAGAGGGGCGUGCCAUGUUCUCCCACUAUGCUAAAGACCAGUGGCAUUCUCAGUCCAUGCACGACUUUGUCUCCGCUUCGAUCAUGGACGGCAUCAAACAGAAAAAGAUCUCAGUGCCUUUCUGGGCACUUACCGAGGAGCUCAAGGUGUCUGUAGCACUUGUAGAGGCAGUCGCGAAGUACAACGCGCUGCACAAAGAGAUUGUCGGGGAGGUCGAGUUCUCAAUGCCGUCGAGGCUGCCUCAGGAAAGCCUUGAGAGGAUCAACAUGACCUUCCUCGAGUUCUUGGAGGGUAACGAUUUGCACGCGUUGUCAGGCUUUCUCAUGUUCGCGCAUGCCGCCCAGGGCUACGGGUACGUUACCACCAUUCCUGCCUUUUACGGGCUUUGGUGGAUUUCCCCGGAGCUCCUGAAUGGAUACGUGCAGAUGAGCUUUCGGCAGCAGUUGGAGUCUCUGUACGAUCCGCACUCCACCUUUCUGCAAAGUAUUCGUGGCCGAUGGGUGCACGACCUCACUUGGUUGAUGGUCGGUGGGACGGCUGAUGUUGUCAAACGAACUACUACCAUGCUGCCAGAGGGCUACCAAAAAAUUUGGACCACUAUGGCCGAAAGCGACGCUCUGGAUGUCAGAUAUGGUGUGGAGAUCUUGGAAAUAGAUCGCCAGCUUCACGAUCCCACUGCGCCGGUUCGGAUCAAGUACACGCAGUCAUCCAACCCGACUGAGGUCAUCGAGGAAGAGUACAAAUUCCUCAUAUACUCCGGGCCCCACGCACAUGCGCACAAGUACGUCAAGGACCUGGCAACAGAGGAAGAAACGAUCUUCUCGCAGUUGAAGAGUUUCGUCUUGGCCACCACCAUUUACAAAAGCGAUCAGGUUUUUGACUACACAGAUCAACUGGAUGCCCCCAUCAUGUACAGUGCCGACAAGAUGUCUGGACCGCACCAGGAUGGUACAUGGUAUGCGGACCGCUAUGAUGCAGCCAUCUUCUCCGACGAGUUGGCCUUCAGGAAUCAAACCCGCGUGGGCUAUCAGUUCUAUGAAAACUUCUGCGAGGUGGAUUCCCUGCUCUGCGACUCCGACCGAACACCGAAUCAGAACUUCCACAUGGAAGUUUCCCAGAAGCUUCUCGACAAGUUUCGUGCAGAACUUGCCGAGCAGCGGGUCAAGAAUGUUCGGGUCCUUGGCCAGUAUCCGUGGCCCUACUUCCAUCACUUCCCCAACUCUGCCGUCAUGGAGGGCCUCCCUUGGGACCUGUUCGAGAUGCAAGGCUCUCGCAAGACGUGGUGGAUCGGUGCAAGUGCAUGCUUCGAGUCUGUCCAUGAUGUGACGAACUACAACUUGCAACUCCUGCAGUCCUACCUAGGAGCCACGGUGAGCAAGGGCCGUGUGAGCUUUGAGUAG